CGACACUAGCAGGAGAUUAGCUGCCUGCGCCAGCCUAAUGGAUGAACAAGCUUGAGACACGAGACUUGAGCAUGCAAUAUUUAACGCGCGAUCCCUGCUGUUCUUAUCUUUUUCGAUGUGAUUUUCUCCCCUCCAGUGAAGAUCUCCAGAUCUAUCUCCAAGGAAAGAAAUGCGCUGGCAUCUUGUAGCAACAGCAGCUCUGCUGGCCUUUUCGCCAGCAUCUGCCUCGCCCACUGAUCCCUGGGAUGUGCUGGCUGGAAAAGCGCUUCACAACCAAGCGCAUUAUCAUUCGAAACACAAGGGGGAUGGCUCCUGUAAUCCGAAGACGGCGUCGGUUCGUCGCGAGUGGGGCUCUCUAUCCAAGCGCGAACGUAAAGACUACACCUCCGCCGUCAACUGUCUCCACUCGAAGCCGUCCAAAUCCGACCCCUCGUUCGCCCCCGGCGCGCGCAAUCGCUACGAUGAUUUUGUCGCCGUGCAUAUCAACCAGACAAUCUUUAUCCAUGCCACUGGCUCCUUCCUCACCUGGCACCGCUACUUCACCUGGGCCUACGAGCAAGCCCUGCGCAACGAGUGUGGCUACAAAGGCGCGCAACCCUACUACGCCUGGAACAAAUACGCCGCCGACCCCCUUUCUUCUCCCAUGUUUGAUGGCUCCGAGUACAGCAUGUCUGGCGAUGGGUCCUUCGUCGAGCAUGAGGGCCCCGAGGCGGCCCCUGGUAUUAUCCUGAAGCCUGGGAAGGGAGGCGGUUGUAUUACCUCUGGGCCGUUUAAGAACUGGGAAGUCAACCUCGGCCCCGUCCUCCCCAGCCUGAAGAUCCCCGGCCUGGAACCCCCACAGAACGACCCCACCCACGGCCUGGGCUACAACCCGCGCUGUCUGCGUCGUGAUAUCUCCACGGACGCCUCCAGAUGGACCGCGACCGAGCAUGUCAUCGACCUGAUCAAGAAUUAUCCUACUAUCGGGAAAUUCCAGGACCGUAUGCAGGGUGACUUUCCUAAUAAGUAUCUGGGUGUUCAUUCCGGUGGCCAUUAUACGAUUGGGGGGGAUCCUGGUGGUGACUUCGCCGUCUCCCCCGGCGACCCCGCCUUUUUCCUCCACCACGCAGCCAUCGACCGCGCCUUCUGGACAUGGCAGAAUCUGGACCCGUCGAAGCGGACGUUCGUCGCUGAAGGUCCGUCCAUUAUGCCUGGCCUUGGGGUUGAGGCGCCGAAUGUGACGCUGGAUUAUCCGAUCGAUCUGUCCAACGUGUUGGCUGCGCCGAAGACGAUUCGCGAGUUGUCGGAUACGGCUGCUGGACCGUUUUGUUAUGUUUAUCUGUGAGGCUGUAUUCUGGGAGAGAAGAAAGUGGGUGGGUGGGUAUUGUGCCAUAUAAUAAUUAGUUAAAUUAAUAAUAUUGGUGUGUUAUUGUUGGAUUGGUUGGUUGAUGGAUGUUUGUAUGUAUAGGUUUGUUGCAUCAAAACAGAGGGAAGUAAUCAUCAAAGGUAUUAUGAUACCUUUGGCCUUCGCAAGCAGCGCC